CAGAUCAUCAUUUUUUCGCAGUGUCUUUUAUCAUUUGGUUGUGAACGCGGGUGAAGAUGGAAAAAAGCCGUGGAUUGUUAUCAUUUAUCGCGUAAUCAGCGCAAUAAUGUGGAUCAUUAUUAAGCUCAAAAUUUAUUAUUACUAUCUGUUGACUGCCGUUUCAUUCAGUCCAUCACGGUAAUUCGUGCUAAUUGUGUCUUGUGUCUGGUAUUUCUGCUUUUCCACGUAUUUUCCAUACACCUGUGGGAGUUUACAUAGCAUAAAUUUCCAUAGAAGAAUUGAAAAAAAGAAAACCUCUGGAAAAUUUCCAGGGGAUGUGAUUUUCAAAUUUUUUAAAGGACAAUUAGGUGCAUUUAAUAAGGAAUUUGGAUUUAAGUGAUAGUAUUGAACAAUGGUUGAAAUCAAUGCUUUUCUUGCAAGAGUUUUUAGACGAGUCCCAGCCCGAUUAAACAUUGGGUUUAUGCUCUUCCUGGGAUGCUUCAUUACGUACAUGGUCCGCGUGAAUAUGUCCAUCAAUAUCCUGGCCAUGGUGGAGCCUCGUGACAAUGAAACGCUCCCUGACUAUGGAGAUCGAUAUCCCUGGGAUGCAGAUGAUCAGGGACUCCUCCUGGGAGCCUAUUUCUGGGGAUAUCUAUUCACAUCAAUUCCUGGGGCCUAUCUGGCUGAGAAAUUUGGACCAAAGAUCGUGACAGAAGUGGUAUUCAUUGCAAUUGCUGCAAUAACUGCCCUCAGUCCUCUGGCAGCAGCUGGAGGAUUUGGCACGAUGUACGCAGCAAGAUUUGUCACUGGAGUCUUCUCCGGACCACUCUAUCCCUGCUUCCACAAUCUCAUCUCCCGCUGGGCACCACCAGAUGAGAAGGGGAAGUAUGUGGCUAGUCUUCAGGGAGGCACUUUGGGAACUAUCUUCACCUGGCAGAUGAUUGGAUUCCUCGUGGAGGCAAUUGGAUGGGCCUGGGGAGGAUUCUAUGUACCAACAUUUAUUAUAGUUCUAGCUGUUAUCAUUUGGUUCGUCCUAACAGCUGAUCGUCCAGAUACUCAUCCUAGGAUAACGCCUGAAGAACGGACAUACAUUGAGAACAGCCUGGGAGACGCAGUGUCCAAUGAAAAGAGAGUGCCACCGUAUCUCCAGAUGCUCAAAUCCGUACCCUUCCUGACCCUAAUGGUGCUGCACUAUGGGAAUCUCUGGGGUCUGUACUUCCUCCUUACAGCCACUCCGAAAUUCAUGAGUGAGAUUCUGGGCUUCAAUCUCGGAACAACUGGUGUGCUGUCUUCUCUGCCUCACAUCGCCAGGAUGCUGUUCAGCUUCGUGUUCGGAAGCAUUGGGGAUCUGAUUAAGAGACGGGGCUGGAUGCAAGUGACAGUGAUGAGAAAAUUCUUCUGUAUAUUCUCUCACAUUGUCCCUGGACUCUUUUUAAUUGGCCUCUGUUUCGUUCAUGAGCCAUACACAUGCGUUGCAUUGAUAACGCUAUCGUUGGGCUUCAAUGGGGCCUCAGUGCUCACCAAUUUGCAGAAUAGUCAGGAUUUGGCGCCAAAUUUUGCAGGAACACUCUACGGCACCAUGAAUGCCAUUGGUACCACCACGGGCUUUCUCACGCCUCUUCUAGUGGCCCAUUUUACACGAUAUGAGAAUACUUUCGAAAAUUGGCGAUAUGUCUUCAUGAUUGGGGCUGGAGCCUACAUUGCUCCAGCAAUUCUGUACUUCUUCUUUGGCUCUGGUAAAGUUCAGCCAUGGAAUGCGCUGCCGAAGCCCGCCAAAAGUGAGGAGGAGAGCAAAUAGGGCCAGAACAUUAAACUAAUGUAAACCAAGACAGGUGUGGAGUGUGAUUACUGUGAGAACAAAGUCAAAUGGAAAAAACGUUCCCGAUAAAAAAUACCCAGAAAUAUCGAUAGUUAAAAUAUUUGCAAUCACUGCGGGCUUUUUUUCUGGGUCUCUUUCCUCUCUUGUUGUCUUUUCUUAGCCACAAGGCAAAUACACUCGGAAUUUUUGGCUUGGGGCUAUGGAAAAAUACGCGCUGCAGAAUUGCUAACAUUUUCAGCUACUCAAAAUUCACAUUUCCCAUCUAUAAAUUGCCCAAAAAAAAUGCCACUGGAGUUAGGUCUUUGAAACUUUCAGACAUUUCGCUGCAUCCGAGAGGGAAGAGAUUGAAUUGAGCUUUUCUCAAAUUUAUUAAUUCAACGGGCAAAAAGCCUAAAUUUGUUUUGAAGGUUUGGUUUUUCCGGUGAACUAUGAAGUUUCAGCUAGCUGAAACAUUUCUCUAGUAAUUCUUUGGGAUGUUUAAAAUUUAAUUGAAAUUGAACUUUAAAAAUAUGUUAGUUUUAAGAAUAUUAGUUUUUUUAAUUAAUAAAUUUUAAAUUCUUAAA